AUGUUUGAUCCUCCUAAUUCCCCAAAAAGAAAGUUAGCAAAAGAUAAGGAAAGGGAAUCUGACAUGGAAUUCAAGAAACCAUCAUUGAAAAGAAAAAUCCAAAAUCCAAAAGACAAAACAAAACAACUUGUUAGAUGUGUGAAUGAUAGUCAUGGUGUGAUAGAUCGACAGUGGCUAGAUGGUUCGACAGUGGCUGACACCACAAAAGUUUUUGGAAUGGCAGCAAUUUACAGUCUUUACAUCAUCAAUAAGUCUGGUGGAUUGAUCUAUUAUAAGGAUUAUGGGUCUGCUGGACGAAUGGAUACCAAUGACAGCUUGCGGGUGGCAAGUUUAUGGCACUCAAUGCAUGCUAUCUCUCAGCAGUUAUCACCUGUAUCAGGUUGUUUAGGAAUUGAACUUCUCCAAGCAGAUACGUUUGAUCUUCAUUGCUUUCAAUCGCUGACAGGGACAAAGUUCUUUGUGGUGUGUGAGCCUGGAGCACAACAUAUGGAGAAUUUACUGAAAUUUGUCUAUGAAUUGUACACGGACUACGUUUUGAAGAAUCCUUUCUAUGAGAUGGAGAUGCCUAUACGUUGUGAGCUCUUCGAUAUCAACCUAACACAGGCAGUACAAAAGGACCGUGUGGCAUUUUUGGGCCGAUAA